AUGGAUAUAAAGACCCUGCUGGACAAUCUUCAUGAUGAAGUAUCCUGUUCUGUGUGCAUGUGUGCAUUCACGGAUCCAAAGCAGUUGCCUUGUUUGCACAGUUUCUGUCUUCAUUGCCUGAACGGAAUUCAACGAACGAGCGCCGCCCAUGGCAAAAUUACAUGCCCCGACUGCAGGAGACAGUUUCAAAUCCCUGGAAGUGGAAAUCCUAGCGAACUUCCCACUAAUUUUCGUAUCAAUAGUUUGCUUGAUGUCUUGGCAAUAAAAGAGUGCAGCACAGCUAACGUGAAAUGUGCAAACUGUGACAAACGGAGCCCCCAGACGUUCUAUUGCUUCCAGUGUUCUUGUUUCUGGUGCGACGAAUGUGUUUUAGCACAUAACUUAAUACGCACCAAUAAAGAACACAGAACGCUGGCACUGAAAGAUUUUCAAGAUCAAGACAUCGAGGCCGUGUUAAAGAGACCGGCAUUUUGUCAGAAGAAACGACAUGAAAGAGAAGAGUUGAAGUUCUUUUGCAAGGACUGUAAAGUCGCCAUUUGCAGCACUUGUGUUCUAAUACUCCAUGCCUGUCACAGAAUGAUGCUUUUGGAAGAAGCUACAGACGUGCGCAAGACUCAGAUCAACUCCAUGACUCAAUCUUUAAUGGAAAAAGCACAAGAUAAACGAAAAGAACUCGAGCAAUUGAACCAAAAGAGCACGGACAUUAAACUGCAAGUAGCCUACUUAAAAAGCCAAGUGCAGACGAAUGUAGAUCAAGUUAUUGCAAUCAUCGAAGAGAGGAAACAGGAUGUUUUUGAUGCAGUCGAUAAUCAAGCAAAAAAAUCACUGGAAUCUCUCUCACAUCAAAAAGACCAAGUUGAAAAUCAAAUGGAAAUAAUUGAAUCGAUAAUUGAACAAACUACAGCUCUUGUGAAACGAAGCUUUAGUACUGAAAUCCUUGGAUUCAGUGAAACAUUUGAUACAAUCCAACAGGAACAGGGCACCCAAGGAAACCGUGACACUGAAUGUAUUCCUCAGUUUAGUUUCACUAAAAGUGAAAAACUGAUUAACGUGUUGAACAGUGAAGGGAUAGGUAAUUUAAAAACUGUUUUAAGCGAAACUAAAGUGCAACAAUCAGGAACUAAAGGUAAAGAAAGUAGUAAAGUAGUUGGUGGGGAUAAAGGGGCAAAUGUUCAUGACAGUCCUCUUGAGACUCAGGUACAAACCAGGCGCUUCAGAUCUGUGCUGUCAUUUGGACGGCAAGGUAAGUCUGUUGGAAUGCUUGACGGGCCCUGGGGGGUGGCAGUGAAUGAUCGUGAUGAAAUUGCUGUGACUGAGCACUGGAACCACAGGGUUUCAAUGUUUAGUAGUGACGGUACCCACUUAAGAUCGUUUGGUAGAUGGGGUUAUAGUAAUGGUGAGUUCCAGUUCCCUACAGGGAUCGCUUUUGAUAGUCAUGGCAAUAUUGUAGUGGCAGACUAUAACCACAGGGUGCAAGUCUUUGAUAGGAAUGGUAACUUUCUUAGUAAGUUUGGUGAAAAAGUAAGUCAUCAUCACCAGCUUAGUUGUCCUGAAGGUUUAUCAAUCAUAAUAAACGGUAACAGUGAUAUUAUUGUUGCUGAUAAAGGUAACAAAUUAAUCAAGAUAUUCUCUUCUAGUGGGGAGUAUUUACGUAAAUUUGGUGGAGCAGGUACUUUGGUCGAACCCUAUCACUGUAUCCAACAUGGUCUAUAUUUUAUAGUCACAGAUGGUGGUGAUGAUUCCAUUAAAAUGUUUGAUCUGGAGGGAAAGUUUAUUUCUAAAUUUGGAAAACAGGGAAACGAGGGUGGGGAGUUCAAUGAGCCCAGUUACUUGUCAGUCAACAAAGAAGGAUUGCUAAUGGUUUGUGAUACAUACAAUCACAGAGUUCAGGUAUUUGAACUGAGUGGAAAGUUUGUUACAAAAUUUGGAAGUGAAGGUAGGGAGAGUGGAGAGUUUAAGUACCCAAUUUCUACAGCAAAUCUUAGUGAUGGAAGAAUAGUUGUGUGUGAAUGGUUUAACAACCGAAUCCAGGAAUUUGAGCAUAAAUGA